UUUCCCAGCAUACCUCAGCUGUGGAGCUGUAUGAGGGGGAGGAGUUUGUCCUGCUGCCCUGUCAGUUUCCCACCUUUGACAUAGACGACCCCACAGUGGUGUGGAGCCGCUACGAUCUCGAUCCUCCAACCGUCCACCAGCGUCAGCAGGAAGAUGAACUCACAUACCAAAACCAGCUUUACAGCGGCCGAACAUCCAUGAUGACUGACGCUCUGGAAACUGGAGACCUCAGCCUCAAGCUGACAAAACUCCACUGGUCCGACAGCGGCAGCUACACCUGCACCGUCAGUGCAUUAGGAGGACAACGGAGAGUGACAGAGAUACAGCUGCAGGUCAAAGAACAAUUUCCAUCCUGGGCCAAAGUUCUCCUGGUUCUCCUGGUUCUCCUGGUUGUUGCUGGGGCUCUUCUGGUACAUUUCCGACAGUAUUUCAUGUCAG